UCACAGCCUUUAUUUGCGGCUUCCUCUGUUUACAAUAUGGCGACUCAGAAGCGGGGAGCGGGCGCCACUGGAUGGCCAAAAAACUCCACUCCACCAUCUUAUGGUGCUAAAUACAACGGGAAUCCCUCAAUGGCGCUCAACAGAACAAUUAGUCUGUACCCACUGACAAACUACACAUUUGGAACAAAGGAUCCCUUAUUUGAAAGAGAUCCCAGUGUUCCUGCAAGAUUCCAGAGGAUGCGGGAAGAGUUUGAUAAGAUUGGAAUGCGAAAGAGUGUUGAAGCCGUCCUACUGGUCCACGAGCAUGGCCUUCCCCAUGUGCUGCUCCUCCAGUUGGGCACCACCUUCUUUAAACUGCCAGGUGGAGAACUCAACACAGAUGAGGAUGAGGUGGAAGGACUCAAGAGGCUGCUAACAGAGACCCUAGGGAGGCAGGAUGGUGUCUCACAGGAGUGGGUUAUUGAAGACAUCAUUGGUAAUUGGUGGAGACCUAAUUUUGAGCCUCCACAGUAUCCCUAUAUACCCUCACACAUCACCAAGCCUAAGGAGCACAAAAAGCUUUUCCUUGUACAGCUUGGAGAAAAGGCAUUAUUUGCAGUACCAAAGAACUACAAACUUGUUGCAGCACCGUUAUUUGAACUCUAUGAUAAUUCUCAAGGCUAUGGACCAAUUAUUUCUUCAUUGCCACAGGCUUUGUGCAGGUUCAACUUUACAUACAUGUAGGUCUCCAAAAUAAUUAGAAAUGAAUGUGUGAAAAUAGAUGUUUUUUGUAAAUUUUGACACAAGUUUUUGAAACCUCCAAGUUCUAUUUUAUAUAAUUACCUAUAUAAUGUUUCCAUAGUAACUGGACCACUUCAUGGACAAAAUCAUUGUAAUGGCUCAAGUUUAAGAGGACUGUUGAUGGAAUGCCAGAUUUUGCAAUUUCAUACUUGCUAAUAUUUCUGUUCUAUAUUCCUUUAAGAAAAGGGUAAUGUAAGUGAUCACAACUCUUAUUUUUAGGAGGCAUUUCUCUGACUAAGUGGAUGGAUAUGUUGCUUCUCAUUUUGUCUUUUACUAAUCGAAGCCUUCAUUAUUCACAGAAAAUUAUGUAGUCAUCUUGGUAGUUGCAUAGCAGUGUGUGUACUACUAAUGUGAACUUGGACACUGAUUCUCAGACAGUGCUAACAUGGUACAAAAUAAUAGGUGGAUCUUAUCCAUGAUGCCCGCAGUCUUACUGAGAAAGAUCAUGGCUAACAUGUGGCAGUCUAUUCUUAGUAAUUAAAACACUGUAUAAACACCAUUUUAUUUUCCAUGUGCCCAUUCCAGUUUGUUUUAGAAUCAGACUGCAAUUGAAAUAUUCAUGUAUGUAAAGACUAGUAAAUUUUUUUUUAGAUUU